AUGAGUAGAUCUCAAAUAGUUGCGUUAUUGAAGGAGCAACUUGAUACCAUUAAACAGAAGAAAUCAAUCAAACUAAACUCCUUACCAUCUACCACCAAACCGUCAGAAUUGAUAGAUACAAUAUAUGAGUUUUUAACUAGUUUUGAUCCGUCUUUGGAGUUAGAGAAAUUGGCAAUACAAAACAGCCAACUCAUUGAACUACCAUCAAACUUCCACAAAAUUGCAUCGUCUAUAAAGUAUUUGGAUUUACACCAGAAUUCAAUUUCGUAUAUUCCUCAAGAUUUUUUUUAUGGGUUUGAUAGUUUGGAGAUCUUGGAUUUAGCAUCCAAUGACUUGGAGUUCUUGCCUGACUCGUUGUCUUCUGUUACCACGUUGAAGGUAAUUUCUAUCAAAGAUAACAGUUUCAAGUACAUAUCGCCACAGCUUGGAGAAUUACCAAAUUUGAACUUAAUCGAAGUGUCAGGGAAUCCAUCACUACUUCCUUCGAACGACAUAAUUCGAGCAUUCCAGCAACAAAAACCUGAUCUAGAUUGGGUGGGAGAGUUGAAGAAUUAUUUGGUCGCCAAUAGAAUGCUCAUUAAUCUGAAAAUUCAAGAGGCCAUGGAAAAGUCGUCGCAAAAACGACAACAAGUACCAAAAGAUUCGACACCAGAAACGUCUCAAACCACGAGUGAUCCAGUAAUAGCGAGAAGUAAAUCCGGAUCUAUAUCGACCUCGUUUUCAUCAAAGGCAUCACGGAGAAUGGGGUUGAUUAUCAAGAAAUCAGACGAAAACAGUGACGGAUCCUCCAAAGAAGAUGCCAAUAAUAGUUUAAUCUCUGGGGCUGUACCGGAUCAUGUAACCACAGAAGGCAUUCCUCAUGUUGACUCACCAACAGACAUCUCCUUCCAGUUGCCAAAGUCGCCACCUACAUCUACACCAGGAACAACCACACCGUCAACACAAGCUGCACCUGCUACGACAUCUACUAAUAAGAACCUUGGCGUGACACUGACAUCAUCGGCACGAGGACGUUCAAACACUUUUAAAGAGAUCGAUCGGAUGCUUGAAAAAAGCGAAAGUGUCGAUACUGAACGUAAAUCUAAUGCUUAUUUCAAACGUUUGUCCACCUUGCAAGAACUUCCUGGUGAUGAGUUAUCGGAGUAUUCUCAACCCAAAAAACCCGCAGCAGAGGGCAAACAAGCUUCUGGAAAUGUGUCAAAAUCUAAUAACACCGCUGCCAGCGAAAAUUCCCCAGCCAAACCUCAACAGCAAAGUAAAUUGCACACCAAUCCAGUCAUUAUUAGAGUAUCUCGUAAAAUCCUUUUUUCAUUUAGUGAACUACAUUCAUCCAUUCGUAGAUUCACUUCGUUUUGCUCAGAUAAAAAAGUCACGAUGAAAAUGGUGUCAUACCUUUAUAGCACAAAAUCUAACAUUGAUUCUUUAGUGGAGAAUCUUGAAAUCAUGGAAGAAUCCGGCGACAAUUCAGAACAAAUAGUGCAAGCUUUACACAAUUGCAUAGGCUCGUUCAAAUCGAUUAUGAAGCUUCUCCAUGAGAAUAUCCAGUCUUUUGUUGGAAAUAUAGAGGUUUGCUUUAUAAGAAUGGUCUAUUUAUCUGUGUUUGGAUCGUUGAAUGAACUACAAAAUGCUUACUUGUUGUUGUGUCCUAAAGCAAGUGCAAAGUCUUCUUCAACUGAAAUGAAACAGAAGCUUUCCAUCAAUACUACUACGGAUGCAGAUGAAAAGUUGUACAGUACAAUUGAACUGGCUACUAGCAGCACACAGACAAUAUUUUCCGAGUUGAAUAAAACAAUCAAUAAAGGUGCAACAGCUAGUGCCAACGGAGGGGUAGUUCACCCAACAGUCGCUUCCAAGAUAAAAGAACUAGCCAAGGUGUGUGCAGCAUCACUAGACAUUAUAAAAAGACUCAAUACAAAGCUAAUAACUAUCAGAAAUAAUCCAUCGGUCACCACGAAAAAGUUGUUUGCUGAGGAUAUUAAUCAAUUUAUCAAAACUGUUGUCCAGACUUUAGCUGCAGUUAAGGCAAUAGUUAAAGAUAUACCUAUUCUCGACGACAUUCGUGCAUCAAUGUCCAAUUUGACAAAGACUGCAAAGGAGGUGACAUACUUUUUAGAGGUUUCGUCGUACAAAUCAUUGCUUCCGGACUCUUCGUCCACUGGUGUCUCUCAACAACCACAAUUGAUCUCAGUCCCUAGUGUAUCAAACUUGUUUACACCAGUAGCUGCACAUGCACCUUCCUUACCCACUAGCGGAGGACAAGCAGCUAGCAAUGGACCAACCCCAAUACGCAAUCCUUCAACAAAUUCCUCCAUAACUACGACAACAUUAGUGCUUCCUCCAUUAAACUUACAAGAAAGUGCUCCGUUGACUGCUCCGGUACAAUCUUCUGGUCAAAUGUUUGCAAAACACGGACUUAAUCCAUUUGAUGGAUUGAUUAUGGCAAGAAAUAAUGAUAAUCAAGGUUAG